GGAGCAAACCGCCCCAUAACACCCAGUUCACUAAGCGGAACCAGCGCGCUGCGUCUUCGCUGCGUGUCUCUCGCUUCCUGUUUCCUCAGCAGUCGCGUGAAUAUCCACACUACGGAGCGUUCGCGUGGUGGAAGCGUCCGAGGAGCAGGGAGCUGCCGCUGCGCGUCCAGCUGUUUCUGUGCCUCACCUCAACAACCCGGUCAGCACCGGCCAUCCACCAUGGACGGCGGCGGGGGCGGCGGCUCGCUGUGCGGAUAAACAGUCCCGCUCCAUGUGCAGUGAGAGCUUUGUUCCUCCAGGAUGAGCAGAACUAUCAACCUCCUCUGAGGUCCCUGAGCCGCUAUUGGCAACCGGGGAGCGCCGUGAAGUCCGACUGACGGAUGCUCCCGUGUCCCGUCCGUCAACUCUGACUGGCAGCUAUGGGAUCCGGGCCGGCUUGGUUCUGCUGGGCACAGUGCCUGGACGGUGAAGCCCCCUGUCCAGACGAGGAGCGAGAGAAGCACUGGGCCCAGCUGUUUGACCAGCUGGACGUCAACAAGGACGGACGCAUAGACGCGCUGGAGCUGCGCGCGGGGCUGGCGGGCCGAGGACUUCCCAGUGGCACCGUGGAGAGGAUCGUGGAGACCGGCGACACCAACCAGGAUGGAGUACUGGACUUUGAGGAGUUCAUACAGUUCCUUCGCAACAACGAGAAGCAGCUUAAACUCAUGUUUAGCAGUCUGGAUCAGAACCAGGACGGUCAGAUAGACGCAGGGGAGAUCCAGCACUCUCUACGCACCAUCGGCGUGAACAUCAGUCUGGAGGACGCCAAUAGGAUUUUACUCAGCAUGGACAGGGAUGGUACCAUGACCAUUGACUGGAAUGAGUGGCGAGACUACUUCCUGUUUAAGUCUCUCAGCAACAUGGAGGACGUGGCGCAUUAUUGGAAGCGUUCACUGAUGUUGGAUAUAGGUGAGCAGUUGAUAGUCCCAGAUGACUUUUCAGAGGAGGAGAAGAAGUCUGGCUAUGUUUGGCGGCAGCUGAUGGCCGGAGCCAUGGCCGGGUCCGUGUCGCGGACUGGAACGGCCCCUCUGGACCGUCUGAAAGUCUUCCGACAGGUUCACGGCGCAACGCAUUUCAGAGGCAACGUGCUGAGCAGUUUUCAGUAUAUGGUGAAAGAGGGGGGAGUUCGGUCGUUGUGGAGGGGCAACGGGGUCAACGUGCUUAAGAUCGCCCCAGAGACCGCCAUCAAAUUCACAGCCUAUGAACAGAUCAAAAAUGUGAUACGUGGUAAUAAUGAAACGGCAAAUCUGAGGGUUCAUGAGAGGUUUGUUGCCGGCUCCUUGGCUGGAGCUAUAGCCCAGACAACCAUCUACCCAAUGGAGCUGUUAAAGACUCGUCUCACACUAAGAAAAACAGGCCAGUUCUCUGGAAUAGCAGACUGUGCCAAGCAGAUCCUCCAGAGGGAAGGCGUCACAGCCUUCUACAAGGGUUACGUACCAAACCUGCUAGGCAUCAUCCCCUACGCUGGCAUCGACCUGGCAGUCUACGAGACUCUGAAGUUUACCUGGCUGAACAGGAACAGAGGUCUGGACCCGGGUGUCAUGGUGUUGGUUGGUUGCGGUGCUGUCUCCAGCACCUGUGGACAGCUGGCAAGUUACCCGCUGGCACUGAUCCGCACCCGAAUGCAAGCACAAGAUACAGAGAAAGGAGCCCCUAAACCCUCCAUGCUGGCCUUGCUCCGCAGCAUCGUGACCCAGGAGGGCGUAGCUGGACUUUAUCGAGGGAUUUCACCCAACCUGCUUAAAGUCAUCCCUGCUGUCAGCGUGUCUUACGUCGUCUAUGAAUACACGAGGAUACUCCUGGGAGUGGACAUUGAGGGUAGGAAACGAGGGAAAGUAAAAGGGUAGAAAAAAGGAUUGACGAUUUGGGGUUUGCUUUCAUGUACAAGCAUGAACUGAUCUGGAGGCGAUGCCUGAGGAUGAAUACGCCAGAGUGUAAGUUUGGACUUUUCAGCUUUAAAGCUACUUUGGACAAAAAAAGGACAAAUCAACUUUAGAUAUAUGGUCUUGUGAAAAGGUCACCUUUGGAUAAACCUCCCCAGAAAUAGCGGCUGCUAUGGAAAAAUAUACUGCAAUGCAUGCCAGUGGUGUGAAAGCUAAUCAGCUACUGCAUCGCCUUGCACGGAUGGCAACUUGCACGAACCUGCCUGAGAAUUACCUGAACUAAAGGGUAAUGUUACAUUCCUGCUGCAUCAUUUUUUUCUCUCCUAGGUGGCACAUAGAGAAAACACAGCAUUAUUAAGAACACUGAUCCAAGCUCCUGUUCUCUAAAGGGCAGGAUUCUGAAGGGCAGCACAGCUGUGACGUUACAGAGUUGGACACGUCCUUAAGAAAAGAUCCUAUGAAACACGUUCUUCCUUUACAUAACUCUUGAAUGGCACUAAAAUGGAGAAUGCAGAUGUUUUUACUGCUGAGGAAAGCACAGCAAGGACUGUAUAUUUAUUCACAGGAAUGAAACAGCCAGAGCCUUGGCAAGAAGCACAGCAACCUGCCAUACUAUGCCUCAGUGCUUCCUAAGUGUUCUUAUGUAAAGAAGUGUCUGAUGAUAUGUGACAACACUACAGGGUCCAGAGCCACAUACAUGCAGUAUAUUAGCUACUUAUAUAGUACUAUACUUAUACUGUAUAUCUGAAGAUAUGCAUACAUAAUUAUUAAAUAAUACAUCAUUGUUGAUUAUAGCUCAAAUACACCAAAUUAUAAAUUAAAUAUAUACCUCUCUCCCUUUCAUUGUGAAGCGAUCAAAAUAAGUCCAUGAUACAAAGUUAUAAUGGAGUCAUUGUGGUCUCUGCUCAUAUUUGCAAGUAAAGAGGCUAAGAUUUAUUCUGUGUUGGUAAAAAUUCUUUCUACCAGUGUUAGAUGUACUGUAAUAAUGGACAAAUAUAUUAGUUACUGGUUGUUUUAAAUGGAAAGUGUGACUAGCGUUGGUAAGUGGUGUGUGUCUAUAAACACUUGCCAUAACCAGCUGAAGGGCCCGAACGGCUGAUGAUGCCGGGUUAGGAAAACGCAGUUUCUGAACUAGAAAGUAAUGUGGGCACCAAUAGGUCAGCUGUAUGAGAAACCAUGAGUUUAAGAUGGGCUUGAAGGCUGCCAGGACACGUUUCUUUUCAGCAACGUCGCUGCAGAAGAGACACAAGACAACUUCACCAAACAACCUGAGGAGAGCACACAUGAAGAAAACAGGAUGUUCCUCAUGCUGAUCUGCAUGUCAGGGUGCAAACCAGUGUCUGUGUGUCUAGAUUUCUGGGGUCCAUAAGAUAAAACGUAAGAUGAACAAUUGUAGAAACGCUAUUUAUCUGUUUAUUGAACAUGAAUAAAGAUUCAGGUGAACACUUUGCUCCUCCAGAACAAACAGCUCUGAUCAGACAAAUGUUACUGAUGCUCAUGCAAGACCACUUCAACAUGUGCCGAUACAGUCCAUCAAUUGUCAUGUGCUGUAACCAUGCCGACAUGGAACUCAUUCUCUAGCAGGAGAAAUAUCUAGAAAGCUCUGAAAGCUUUGAAUGGAGCGCGCGUGUCUGGCGCUGACAGGGAAAGAAGCGUGUAAAGGAGUGUGAAGUGGGACUAGCGUGGAUAAGGCUUGCGGUCACACAAACACGUGGGGCUAUAUUCUGCGAUAUAGUCACGUGAUCGCGGAAGCGUGCGCUGUUGGUGCGGUCCGGUUCGGUCCAGGUGUGCGUCGCAGUGAUCGGGGAGCAAGGGUUGCUCAAUCCUGGUGAGAAGGCCAAUCGUUUCGUCGUGGAGAGAACAAGGGGACGGAACAAGGGGCAGAGAGAACAAGGGGCGAGUCUUUGGUCACGGCAGCUUUUUAUAACCGCGUUGGAGCGGAUUGGAGCAUACGUGCUUGAGACAGCUGACGUGGAACGAGGGAUGAAUCCGCAUGGACCUAGCGGGAGAUCCUUAGUGGAGAGCCACACUCUGUCCCCCACGGCAUGCCCAGGCUUGGCUCGUCUGUACCCAUCAGCUGCCUCAGGAGUCCCACAGGUCAACCAGACCUGGUAGGACUCCUUCAGCUUGAUGGCAUCCCUUACCUCCAGCGUCCACCACCAGGAAAAUUCACCGUCACCAGUCGAGGGAAUAGAAACCAGAUGACGACCAUAGGACCUGGAGAGAUGUCAUCACCUCUGUUUCUGGAGGCUCAGUACAAGGAAGUGACUGGAUCACUGCUUCCUCUGUGCUGCUGAGUUUGAAAGCUCUUCAACUCACUGUUGGUCUCCCUCUGAGCAGAAGAUGGUCAGGAUGAGACAUCAAGCACCACUUUCAUAAUGUAGAAACAUGUGAUACAAGCUUCAGUAAAUCAAUGUAUUGUUAAACAUAUACUUUUCUUUGUAAUGCUUCAUGUUCUGCAUCCACUAUGAGAUUGUGACUAUGUUGGUGAAAUGGAAAAAAUGCUUCUACUUAGGAUGUAACAUCUGUAAAAAAAAGUUAAAUCAGAAUAGUGUUGACCAGUAAGAUCUCAGCCCGUUCGGAGGAAGACAGGAGACUGAACACUUGGUGAAUAUGGUGAUAGCCUUGUCAGACAGGUUUGAGGAGAUGUCACGGGUGACCCAUGGUCCCACAAGAGGCGAUGAAGCCCAGAGUUCUGACCGAUUGGACUAUUGAUCUGGACAAACUAAUCAUGGAUUGUUAAAAUGUUCUAGAAUUGGCUGUGUAUUAUUCUGUCCGUUCUCCCUUACUCCCCCCUUCCCGGGUCCAAUCUAGCUCAUCAGCUGUGCCUCUGUCUUCUUUCCCUUAUUGUGUCUCCCUUCAAGGUCAACUGUUGGACUGGCUUGUAAACGUCGGUCAUACAUCUAUAAACAACACUUCACUAUACUGACGCAGAUUACCCCCCCACCUUCUGUUUUUUUCUUUUAUUGAACUAAAUAGCCUUAUAUUAUUUAUACGAUGAGAUGUAAUUUCUGUCUCCACAUUUGCGCGUUUACAGUUGUCCACCGUAUCACGCAUGGCGAAGUUGCGCCCCGAUGUGCACACACAUGUCGCAUUAGCCUUAAAAGAAGGCAAAAAUAUAGUUUUUUAAACGCUUCAAGGGGGCUGAAGAUGACAACACUUGUUCUGCUGCGAGUAGCAGCCUGUGUAGCUCACCUCCUAGCCAACAAUGAAUGAAGAGUUUUUGAAGAAACUUUGUUUUGCUAACCUUUUUUUAAUUUUUUUUUUAAUAAAUCUGAUGGUUAGUGUUUA